AUGUCGAAUGUAGCAGAGAUUCCCAUCCUGGUCGGCAUUGGCGACAUCAACGAUCGCGAGUCCAAGGGCCGAGAGGAUGCCGCCGAACCGCUCACCCUGAUGCUGCGCGCUAUCGGUGCAGCCAUCCAAGACACCACGCUCACCCCAGAGACUGCGCAAAAGCUGCAGUCUGCUAUUGAAAGUGUUAGCGUCGUCGCAAACUGGACUUGGCCUUAUCCCAAUGCUCCGGGGCUGCUUGUGCAAAGACUGGGGUUACCGGGUGUCGUUCACACGACCGAAAGUCAUCAUGGAGGCGAUUCUCCCGGACAAUUCUUCGACGAGGCCGCACGACGAGUCGCUUACAAGAAGAGUAAGGUGGCGGUCGUGACUGGCGCCGAAGCAUUAGCCUCCUUGGAAGCUUUCAAGAAGUCGAAGAAAUUCCCUCCUCCACAUUGGACCAAGCUCGAAGAUCACACUUCAAUAUGGGAUCGGGAGCGACCAGAGGAUCUGGGAACCCGGCAUAUGCUCGGGGCGCCGAUUCAAGUAUACCCCCUCUACGAGGCAGCCUUCCGAGCGCACCUCCAGCAAAAUCUUUUCGAUAAUAACAAAGAGUCGGCGGACCUAUACGCAGAUUUCGCCCAGGUUGCUGCCAAAUCACCUUUCUCGUGGUCACACGGUCAAGAACCGGAGACAUCCGAAUCAAUAGGGACAGUGACAAAGCGGAACCGCAUGAUCUGUUCGCCAUAUCCCCUUCUCAUGAAUGCAUUUAACACCGUUAAUCUGGCCGCCGCCUGUAUCAUCACCACAACAACCUUCGCCCGUGAACUAGGGAUCCCAGAGUCGAAGUGGAUAUACCCAUUGGGAGGUGCUGGCACAAGCGAUAACAGCCGAUUCUGGGAACGACCGUACUUCCACGCCAGUCGCAGCCUUUCGCAGUCUCUCGACGCAGCCCUAAAAGCGUCAGAGGUGCGUACGGAAGAUAUCGACCUCUUUGACUUCUAUUCAUGCUUUCCCAUCGUCCCCAAACUCGCAGCUCACCACCUCGGUCUCCCCCUUCACGGCCCCAAACCUCUCACCGUCCUCGGAGGUCUAACAUCUUUCGGCGGUGCAGGAAAUAACUAUUCCAUGCACGCAAUCACCGAAAUAGCCCGCCAACUCCGCACGCGCAAGCAAUCCCCCAAAGCACAAAACGGCCUAGUGCUCGCCAACGGCGGCGUCCUCUCCUACCACCACACAGUCAUCCUGUCCACCCAACCACGGUCAGACUCAGGAUAUCCUAUGUGGAACCCUCUGCCCUCUCAUCUAGACGAGGACCAUCCCGCCAUUGAAGAACAGGCGGAAGGAAGUGGUGUUGUCGAGACAUACACAGUGCAAUUCGGGCGCGAUGGGUCCCCAAUCCUAGGGUUCGUUGUAGGCCGUCUUUACUCCGGGGCCGGAAACGGGGGUCGAUUUGUCGCGAAUGUCCAAGAUGCAUAUACGCUCCAGCAGUUGUGCAGCAGCGCUGAACAAAUCGGGAAACAGGGUUGGGUCACGACUGAGGGUGGCCGGAAUUUAUUCGUCUUCAAGCCGUCGAAGAUAUAG